AUGUCCACCUCCGGCGCCCCACAAUCUCAGCCUCAGAGCAGCGAACACUACUUUGGCGCCGAGUUGGCAAAGAAGACAUCCUCAAGGACGCAGGAUGGGGAGAGCCGAAGUCGGGAGCGCAGGUUCACAGCACUUCUCGAAUUCCUGAUGCCUGUCUACCUGCUGCCGUUCGUCUUCGGCAAUGCGGAAGGCGUAGGCAUCUACUGCGUCCUGUUGACACUGGUGUUCCUCACGGGGCGCCUGUUGCCACCUGCAGUCGCGGCCAUGUUGCCACUGGUCAUACUGCCGCUGGCGGGCAUCUUCGCCGUGGACCAAGUGGCCGCGGAAUUUCUCGGCCCCCGCGUCCUGGCCGCGUGGCUGCUGUUCGCCAUCGCCAUCGUGGGAGACGAGACGACUCUGUUCGCGCGCGCGUGCCUCUACGCGCUGCAGCAAUUCGCGCUGCGUAUGCAGCCGCUCUUCCUGAGCCUGCAGCUGGUGGUGCUGGCGCUGAGCCUGUUCCUGCCGAGCUCGUUCAUCGUCGUCUUCGGCACCGUCCUCAUCGAGCGAUUCUUCGCCGUCGUGCAGCGGGAGAUCAUCACGGCCGACCAGCGGAGCGGCCUGCGUGCGCCCACCAGCAGCUCGACGGAGAACUUCAUCAAGGACGUGCGGCGCCAGCGGCGGCUGCGUCGAGUGGCCGCCGGCGGUAACACACGGCGAGCUCGCAGAGUGUCCAUGGCCAGCGACAUGACGAUGGCCAGCGACGCGUCGCACAGCAGUUCGCUCGUGCGCCAGUACAAGCUGCACCCCGAGUGGCUCAAAGAACCGGGCUUCGAGGCGCAGAAAAAGGCUGCAAAGAAGCAACCGCGGAAGACUUCGUUCGACCCGUUCGACCGCACAUCGGACGCCGGAGUGUGGGCCUGCAGGCUUCCGAUUCGCACCAUACGCUCGUUCGCGCCUCAGAAAACGCAGCCUUCGUCCAUACUCAAAGGGAGCAGCUCAAAGGGUAAAGAACCGGAGCCAGGGAGUCAGUCACAGCGCAAGACAACCGCCACCACGAUAAAUCUGGUGAAGUCUCCUAAUCCCGCAGCGGUGAUACCAAAGAACAGGCAGCUGGAUUCGCGUGCGAACGUCGUCCGUACGGUCGAACUGCCAGACAAAGUUUCGAGCACGCCGUCGUCCGAAUCUUCGAAGAAAGCAAAGUGCGAACCGGCAAACAAGGCGUCGAUCAAACACGUGGACGAGACAGUCAUCGAACUCUCAGUGGUCCAACAUACGACGACACUUCCUGCGGACAACGAGCGGCGAGGUAGCGGACACCCGGUCGAACCGGCGGCUGCCGAAGACGUCGCCUCUCAUUCGCCGGGCGGAGAGUCGCCGCCACUAGAGAUGCAACUGCAGCAGACGCUGAGUGCGUUCGCGACGUCGACGUCACCGAUCACGCCGUCGACGUCCCCGUUUUCGUUGUCCUCCCGCAGCUCGAUGUCGUCGUCUCCGCAAGCCGUCGUCGACGUGUGGAACACGGCGCCCGUCGCGGCGGGCGGCGAAUGCAGCGUGGACAGUUACGCGGCCUGGGCGUCGCACAUGAUGGGUGGUCCGGUUUCACGGCUUCUGCUGCACGAUGAAGAAGCGGGGGCCGCGUCGUCACUCGCCAGGUCGACCGAGUCGACGACGAUGAAGAGCGCGGCCGAGGAGCAGCAACAGCUUUCGCCGCCAUCCAUCGCAACCGAGAACAGCAGAGGCGUCGUCAAGCGGGGCACUGCCCUAAGCCCCGAGUCCCAGAUCGAGGCGGAUGCGUCGGGUUGGAAGCUACUGCAGAUGUUUCAGGGCCUCCACAUGCAAACGGCCAUUGAAUUGAACCAGCUGCAGAAGGUCCCCUCUACCGCGGACUCCCGCUCCGAGCGUCUCUUCGAGGUUCGCGGCGUCCUCAAGGCGGCGCGUAGCAAAGCGUCGUUGCAGUCGCUCCCGCAAGGCCAGCGCGAGAGCCCGACCACCCGCCGCUGGUCGCUGACCUCGAUGGACCGCGACACCACGAUGGCGGCGACCAUGAACGGCGGCCCGACGAAGCCCAGGCCCAUCAUGUGCGACUCGGCAUGGCGCAGGGCGGCGGGGGCCGGCCGCAACGAGAACAGCACCAGCGGACGUCGCAUCGUCAUCGCUUCGCAGCCCUACGUGCAGGGCGACGCGGCCUCCAGCUUCCGUGAGAAUUCUCACCGCUGA